AUGGCGGAGCAUGAAAACCGUGGUUUCUGGCGUUUGUUGCUGCUGCUCCUCGUUUUGCCGGCAGAUCCGGACUGUUGUGGCCAUGGUGCCUUCGUAACAAUUGCCGGAGGCAAAAAAAUUGCUGGUCCAGUUCGGAUAGCCGGCCCGAAGAAAGAGAACCAGUGGAGGUAUCUCAGCAAAUUUGGUUAUGAAACCGGUACAGGCAGCUUCAACUUCCGGUUUCAAUUAGCGGCUCCGAAAAGCAUACCGGAAGCUGCCGUCCUGCAGCUGGAGGUGUACUUGGACGAGCAUUGGCCCGAUGUAGAGGCAGAGCCCAACUUCUGCGACCGGCAGAAACGGGCGAAACAGGUGCGAAAUAUCUCCAUCGGGCCUGGUUCCAACUGGACGGAAUGGUCUCAAGGCACUUUAAGCCAGAACAUUCGUCCUCACAUCUGGUAUUUCGUGAUAUCGGAUUGCCAGCAGUCGCUGGCCAAUUUCACGCACAGAUUGAAGUUCGAGUUUCAUGCUCAACAACCCAACGGAUCGGAGUUUAGUGUGGAGAUGCGAGGCAUGCUAUUAGCAAAUGUGUUGUUUCUCGUGUCCUUCAUAGUCUUCCUGCACUGGUUCGCGAAGAGGACGCUUGCGUUUGGGAAAAGCGCAGGCUACGUGCAUCCGGUCAUUUGGACGCUAGCGUCAGGAAUGAUCACUCAAUUUGUCGCACAGACUAUGCACACCAUCCACCUUCUCGCUUACAAGUACGAUGGUGAUGGCCUAAAAGCCUGCGAAGUCCUUUCCGAGAUCCUUUUCAUGCUAGCGCAGGUGAUUCAGACAUCCCUGCUCAUACUGAUAGCGCUUGGUUACACACUCCUCCAGUCCAAGAUUGGGGAGCUAGACUUGAUGAUUCCGAUGUGCUUCAUGAUCGGGGUGAUCCACAUCAUGCUGGUAGGGUUCGGCAAGAUCAAGGACGAUGCCUCCUACAAGUACCAUGAGAAUGAGGGAGUCAUUGGCUGGAUACUGCUCUCUCUCAGGCUAGGACUCUACUGCUGGUUCCUCUGGGCAGUGCAGUCUUCUGCGCGUGAGGGCGGCUUUAAAAUUGCCAACUUCCUGCGGCAGUUUCGCAUCGCCGGCUCGUUGUACUUCCUGGCGUUUCCAGCCAUAUUCUUGGUCACACAACUUUUUGCACAGUACCUGCAGCACAGCGUCAUGACAAUAGGUCAGAUGGUCAUGCAGACUGGCUUCAACCUAUGGCUGUCCUCCCUUUUCCUGACCCGAGGGGAGUACUUCAAGGCACACUUAGCUCCCCCUCCGGCCAGCCGCAGGUGCUGCAAGACCCCACAGGACCCCGCAAGACUGAGAGUGUCGUAUUUGAAUGCAGGGAGCCAGUCGUGCGCUUUUCAGCUUACUGCUUUUGCUCGCAUGAGGAACCUGCUCCUGAUGGGUUCAACAGCACAGUGUAGUGAGGGGGGGAGGGUGCAGCGCUGGGCAUUCCAGCUUGCCCCCGCUUCUCACCUACAUCUGUUCCCACCUGCCAAUGCUGUCUUUUCGGAGCCUCAGCAACACACAUGUUGUUGGGUUUUCAUGCCUUGA